AUGAUAGGAAAAAAACGAGCCAUGCAAGAUGAACCUAAUGCUAAUGCAAGGAAAAUUGGAGAUGAUAAUGCAGAAAUAAAUUGGAAACUAAGAAGUAUUCCGCCUGCACACUACUUAUUUAAGAUUGAGAACUUCUCUUUGCUUUCCGAUGCAAAAGCUGAGUGCUUCCGAUUUGCUGAUUUUGAAGUUGGAGGCUAUAAAUGGAAAUUAUCUGUGUAUCCUCGAGGAAACAAGGAAAGAAAAGGGGAUGGAUACAUAUCUUUAUAUCUAGUGUUGUCGGAAUCCAACAAUCUCACAUUGAAUCAAGAAGUUAACGUAAAUUUCAAGUUGUUCGUUUAUGAUUAUAUGCGCGACAAGUACUUGAUUAUUCAAGACUAUAAUGAGGAAGUAAGGCGGUUUCGUGGAAUUAAAAGAGAAUGGGGAUUCGACAAACUGAUAUCCGUCGCUAAUUUUAAAGACGAUUCUAAUGGGUACUUAUAUUUUGAUGAUUGUUGCAUGUUUGGUGCUGAGAUUUUUGUGAUAGAAAAUGGCUAUAUAGGUGAGUGUUUGUCCAUGGUGAAGAAGCCUGCAGAUAAUACAUAUACAUGGGCAAUUGAAAAUAUUUCGGAAUUGGAUUUAUAUUCUACGGAAUCAGAAGUGUUUUCCAUUGGUGGCACUAAGUGGAGCAUACUUGUUUAUCUAAAAGGGGACUCGUUUGAGAAAGGCAAAAAAUUGUCCAUAUUUCUAAAACUAGUGGAUGAUGCAAAUUUUGAUCAUGGAAGAAAAUUGUAUGCAGAAUUCAUGUUUCGAGUGAGGAACCAACUUGUAGGAAAACAUUAUGAAUUGCAAGGUCUUAAUCAUCAUUUCGAACCUAGUAAGAAGACAUGGGGUUUUCUAAAGUUUAUGUCUCUCCUUGAUCUUGAUGACAAUUUGAAGGGCUUUACACAAAAUAAUUCUUUGAUUGUGGAAGUAGAAAUUCAAGCCAUGGCUAUGAUUAAAGGGUUGUCCUAA